GUUUGCGGACGGGAAGCUCAGACCUGAUAUUGUGUCAGUCUGACCGAGUCACUUGAUUGUUCAGCACCUGAAGAUCAUCAACAAUUUGUAAGGGGCAAGCAACACUUGCAGCUCGGACAGACUGUACACGUGUUUCGUGUUGUGUGUGGACACAGAUUCGACUGACUGACCGAUCUGGGGAGAUGUUGAGACAUGAGCGAGUUCACACUGGGAAUGGAUUUAAUCAAUCAUCCCAUCUGCUGAGACAUCAGCAGGUUCACAGUGGGGAAAGGCCCUUCACCUGCUCCUUGUGUGGGAAGGGAUUCACUCAAUCAUCCCACCUGCAGAGACACCAGCUAACCCACACUGGAGCGAAGCGAUUCAGGUGCUCCAAAUGUGGGAGAGGCUUCAAACAGAAAUCUAACCUGCUGAGACACCAGCGAGUUCACACCGGGGAGAGGCUGUUCACCUGCUCUCACUGUGGCAAGAGGUUUAACCAGUUGUCCCACCUGUGGAGACAUAAACGACAGCAUAGCAGUGAGAGAGCUUUUCAAUGCUCUGACUGGGAGAACUUCCAAAGCACUGAGGAACUGAAAAAACAUCAGCACUUUCACACUGAGGAGAGACCGUUCACCUGCUCUGUGUGUGGAAAGGGAUUUACUGAGUCAUCCCACCUGCUGAGACAUCAGCUAGUUCACACUGGGGAGAGGCCAUUCACCUGUUCCGUGUGUGGGAAGAGUUUUAAUCGAUCAUCCAACCUGCUGAGCCACCAGCGACUUCACAGUGGGGAAAAGCGGUUCUCCUGCUCCGUGUGUGGGAAGGGAUUUAAUCGAACCUCCAACCUGCUGCGCCACCAGCGGGUUCACAGUGGGGAGAGGCCAUUCACCUGCUCCGUGUGUGGGAAGGGAUUUAAUCAAUCAUCCAACCUGCUGAGCCACCAGCAACUUCACACCGGAGAAAGGCAAUUCACCUGCUCUGUGUGUGGAAAGGGAUUCACACAAUCAUCCCACUUGCUGACACACCAGCGAGUUCACACUGGGGAGAGGCCGUUCAUCUGCUCUAUGUGUGGGAAAGGAUUCACUCGAUCCACCAUCCUCAGGGAACAUCAGCGAGUUCACACCGGGGAGAGGCCCUUCACCUGCUCCCUGUGUGGGAGGGGAUUCAACCAAUCAUCCAACUUGCUGAGACACCAACGAGUUCACACCGGGGAGAGGCCCUUCACCUGCUCCGUGUGUGGGAAGGGAUUCAUUCGAUCAUCCGACCUGCUGAGACACCAGCGAGUUCACAGUGGGGAGAGGCCGUUCACCUGCUCCAUGUGUGGGAAGGGAUUCCCUCAAUCAUCCAACCUGCUGAGACACCAGCAAGUUCACACUGAAGAGAGACCGUUCACCUGCUCUGUGUGUGGGAGGGGAUUUAAUCGAUCAUCCAAUUUGAUAACUCCCCUGCUUUUCGAUGACGUAGUGUCAUGGGAUCUUUUUAAUUCACGUGAGAAAACAGAUGGGGGCCUUGGUUUAACUCAUUUGAAAGAUGGUACCUCUGAGAGUGCAGUGUGACCUUCCGGCACUAGAUGUGCUGUGUCGGAAGGACUCUCCCUGUUAUAAAGCGAGUGAUGCUGCAGUGCACCCUCCCACCACUAGAUGUGCUACUUCAUUAAAAAAAAGUUGCAUGCACAAUCAUUUGCAAAUGACUCCACGUACAUAGUUCAUGAAGAAAAUGAUCACACAAGAACAAAAACUUUCAGUAAAAACAGAAAAUGCUGGCAAAACUCAGCAGAUCUGGCGGCAUUGGUGGAGACAGCAACAGUUAACGUUUCGAGCCCAUAUGACUUCUUCAGUCUGCAGUAACAAAAAACUGUUUGUUCUUUCUUGUCUGUUCCAAUUUCGUCUCUCCCUAAACACACAUUGCACACACAA